UUUUUGUUGCAACUCCGGCGAGUGAAAAUGGCGAAAUGCAGAAGAAAUCAGAAAUAAUGGGCCAAUGGGUUAAAUAGGCCCAUUAGUAAAAAGCCCAAUCAGUAGUACCAAGCUAAUCUGCAGAUCUCAGGGGUCGAGACGAAGAAACUAUUCGUUGAUGUAUGUGAAAAAAAGAACCCUAAACCCCUAAAAAAUUUCGAGGAGAAGAAAAUGAAUGGUCUUUCUCGUCAUCUUCGAGCUUCUUCCCUUCCUUCUUUGUUUCGUGGCUAUGGUGGAAUCAAGUCUGUCUGUCGAUUUUCGUCUCAAUCAGAUGGCUUCUCUGGGGGCAGGUUCGGCGAACAAGGGCCAGUUUCAGGAGAGACUGAAAAGAACUCAAGCUUACCAAACACGGGAAGGAUCGGUUCUUCCCCUGAUCCUAAUGCAUCGUCCUACAAAAGUUUCAGUGAUAUAAAACUAGGCUUAUCAAACACGGGUUCCUCGACCUUCAAAAGCUUCAGUGAAAUGAGAUCAGGCUUAUUAAACAAGGUAGGAGACGGUUUCUCGGCGCCUAAUGCUCCUCCUACCUUCAAAAACCCGAUGAGACCACGCUUACCAAACACCCUACCUGACCAAUCCAGUCAGAUGAAUCAAGGCGUACCAAACACUGGAGUAAGCGGAUUCUCUGCUCCUAAUGCAACACCAAACUACCAGAACUUCACUCAAUCUACACUUCUCAAAGAUAACUUCCGCAGCGGAGGGAUCUCGAAAGACCUGGACUUUGUUAGAGGAGUAAUAGAGGAAGACGAAGGACGGAGAAGCACAGGACUGUUCUCUCAUUUCCAUCGUCCAAACAUCGAAACAAACGCCGACAUCAUCCACAUCAAGAUGCUGCGUAACAACACGUUUGUCACGGUUACGGAUUCCAAAGGAAACGUGAAAUGCAAAGCUACGUCUGGUAGUUUGCCUGAUCUGAAAGGUGGAAGGAAGAUGACGAGUUACACAGCUGAUGCGACUGCUGAAAACAUUGGGAGGAGAGUUAAGGUUAUGGGGUUGAAGUCAGUGGUGGUUAAGGUGAAUGGGUUUACUCAUUUCAAGAAGAAGAGAAACGCUAUUAUCGCGUUUCGAAACGGUUACUCCAAUUCUAGGACUGAUCAGAAUCCUAUAGUGUACAUUGAGGACACGACUAGGAAAGCUCAUAAUGGUUGCAGAUUGCCAAGGAAACGUCGGGUUUGAAAAAGAAAAUGGAAACGUUCUUCUUCUUCAUUACUUCUUCUCUGCAAAACAUGUCUUGCAGGUUCACUUUUGUUAUUCUAUAGAAACCUUCUGUUUGCAAAUUGUCUCUUUUGUUUGGUUGUGUUCUUUCUUGGGCUCCGAAGAUAACCGGGUUUGAAACCGGAGUUUUAGAUUCUGUGAGAUUGUUGGACCAAAGGGAUUUGAUUAAUAAACCGGAAAUAUGUAGACCUUUAA